AGCUUUGAUUACUGAUUCUAUUUUUUUUUUUUUAGUUGUAGGGCUAUUCAAAUUUUCUAUGUCUUGAGCACCUACGUUGGCGGCCCGAGGCUCAGGAGUGUACAUCAGAGGAAGCCAAAAGCCAGCUGGAAUAGUUCCUGAAUGUGGUUUUAAUCUUGUUUGCAAUUACAUUGAAGGGGAGAAACCAUCUGGAUCAGAAUUAAGAUGCUCUGGUUUCAAGGAAAUAGCAUGCAACUUACCAAAUGCUCCUUUGGACUCUUCUUGAGAAAUUUCUCUGCCUCUAGGACAACUCUGCCUGUGCUGACUUUAUUCACAAAAGAUCCAUGCCCCCUUUGUGAGGAAGCCAAGGAAGUACUCAAACCUUAUAAAAACAGGUUUAUUUUACAGGAGGUGGACAUCACACUUCCAGAAAACUCUGCUUGGUAUGAAAGGUACAAGUUUGACAUUCCUGUCUUUCAUUUGAAUGGCCAGUUUCUGAUGAUACAUCAAGUAAACAUCUCAAAACUUGAAAAACAGCUCCUGAAACUUGAGCAGCAAAGUGCUGGAGGCUGACCAAUGCCCUCAUGAUUUUCAACCUCUC